AUGGGGCCAAAAGAAGCCACUCAAAUGCACACUCAUCAUGGAUUAGUCUCCACAAGCCAGAAAACAAAAACCCGUCGAUCCUCCGCCUUAAUCGACAAAUCUAAGACGCUUCGCAUACAAGUUGACUCUGAAUCAUUUUCAAUUUUUGUACCUGACGAGUCACUUACAAGCGGUUGAUUGCUCUCAGAAGUUAUUAGACUUUCUGAUCGACCUGAUAUUGUAAGUUUCCGCACUCAAAUUUGUUCAGAUAUUUUGGAUUAUUCUUUAACGCUUUAUGAUCGCUCAUUAUCACGAUUUAAAGACAAUGAAGACCUGAUUGCAAUUUUUUCUCAACAAGUUACUGACGAAGUUUGUUGCAGUCAUUUUACCCCUAUAAAAGUUAUAGGAAAAGGAGGGUUUUCUACAGUCAGCCAAGUCAGGAAAAAAGAUACCGGGCAACUUUAUGCGGUAAAAACAAUGGACAAAGAAUUCGUGAAAGGCGAAGACAAGGUAAAUCAAAUAUUGACAGAAAAAGAUAUCAUGACUAAAGUCAAUCAUCCCUUUAUUGUAAAAAUGCAUUGGGCCUUUCAGACACAAAAAAAGUUGCAUUUAGUAUUGGACUUUUGCCCAGGAGGUGAACUGUUCUUUCACUUGCAUAUAUAAAAUGGAGACCUAAGAGAAUCAACCUCUUGAAGCAAUUUUCUCAAACUUAUGGCCAAGGCAAAUUGGGCGAGAAACCAGACGAGAUUGGGGUCUGAUAUAGCUUUAUGAUAUCCUGGUAGGUUUUGGCUCAGUUCCUAUUGUUGGAAAUGGGUAGCCUGGCAGUGCCCUUCAGGAUCCUUAAGGUAGACCUUCGCCACGAUAGCAUGGGUUGCAGCCUUGGGCUAGGAAUUAAGCUUUUUUUUGUCUGUAGUUGCCAAGGUAGACACCAACACUGUAGGCUCCAGAUUUCUGAAUCAAGCUGCUUUCCAACGAGCCAGAGCAGGGACUCAGAAGUCUAGUGUCUGCCUUAAUUUGGCAAGGAGGAGUGUAACUCCCUCGUGCACACUUAAUAGCAAAAAUACGAUUCUAGAGAACAAGAAAAUUACUUGAAACUCGCUGGUCGUCAUCAAUUCGAUCACGUUUAGGCGUAGACGUCGCAAAGUGGAUGAAUCCUUCAGAACCUAGGUGACUGAGUAGCAAAUACUACGCAUCUGCUAAUUAAGAUAAGGCUCUUUCAUUUGCAUAACUUAGGGAGGUUUACGGAAGAACAAGCCAAGUUUUACUUUGGGGAAAUUUUGCUGGGGUUGGAGCAUUUGCAUGAUAAUGGGGUUAUAUAUAGAGACUUAAAGCCUGAAAAUAUUUUAUUAGAUAUUGAUGGACACAUAAGGCUAACUGACUUUGGUCUUUCAAAGCAAAAUCUUAGCCACCACCAAAAAACUUAUAGUUUUUGUGGAUCUCCUGAGUACAUGAGCCCAGAAAUGCUUAACAACCAAGGCCACACCCGCUCAGUUGACUUCUACAGCUUAGGCGCUUUGCUUUACGAAAUGCUCACAGGUCUCUCAGCUUUUUACGACUCCAACCGUUCUCGUAUGUACUGGAAAAUCCUCAACGAAGACCUUCCAGUCCCUAAUUUUCUUUCAAAAAACGCCAAAUCCCUCUUGCAAGGCUUGAUGGAAAAAAAUCCUGACCUUCGUCUGGGUAAUGAAAAUGGCUUUAAAGACAUAAAAGAUCAUCCAUGGUGUCACAAUAUUCAAUGGGAUAAGCUUUUCAAUAAGCUAAAACUGCCUCCAUUUCGUCCAGCAGUGAGGGCUUCAAACUUUGACCCUGAGUAUACAUGCCUUUCUGUUGACUCAGACUUUCUUGAUGGAAACCCUAAUGUCGUUGAUGAAAUUUUUGAUGGUUUUGACUAUUCUCGCCCACCAUAUGAAGAUGAAGAAAAGACACCUGAAAAAUAUGCGUUUUGUGAUAUUUCGUCGAUAUCAACUGCAACAAGUAAGUCUGCAGGUGUUAUUAAUACCAGCAACAUGAGCCAAAGUGAUAUAAAUAAUCAUAAACGGCAAAACUCAAGAGCUCUUACAACCCAGGAAAUUAGCAUGUUAUCCAACCUCUCUCUAACUGAAAACAGCCUUUUCUCUCUUAAGGACAUCGCAACGAAAAAGCCAAGACUUAUAAAUACAAACCCUUUCCCUAUAAAUGCAACCCCAGCCAGAAAGAUUCGUAGAACGAGUGAAGCAGCUCAAGAAGGCGCAAAUUUCGUAGGCGGAAUUAUGAUAAACAUCCCUUCCUUAACUGAAAGAGAGGAAGAGUACUUAUCUUCACAAGAAGAUUAA